AUGACAUUCGCACACGCCAGAUCCUUGUCACAACGGCGCGACGACAUCAGCACAUCGAAACUCGCAGCAGCAGCAGCAGUAGCAGUAGACAAGCGCGAUCUCUUGGGUGAACUCAUUCCCACUGGCAAGAACGGCGAUCCUUCUUCUCCAGCGCCAGCACCUGCAGCACCGGCUCCCGCGCCAGCAUCAGCACCAGAAAACCCACCUUCGACACCAGCGCCGUCUUCACCUCCUCCAGCACCGGCCCCGGAAAAGAAGGAUCCAGAACCAGCCUCAGAACUAGCAACAUCUUCUCCACAAAAGACGCAGGGUGGCCCUGGGUUGGUUGAGCAGUUGCUAGGUGGUGACUCUGAGCCAGAUCCACCAAAGACUUCGUCUUCUCCUCCGAAUUCUCCGGCUACAUCUUCAACAUCUCCUGCGACCUCUGCGGAACACAAGAAGAAACCCACCCAGGCCGCGGGAACUACUACAGGCGGUGGCAGUGGUAGCUCAAGAACUGAUGACGAUUCUUCCACGUCCUCUAAAGGCGGCAAUACCAUGACUACGUCUGGUCUCAACGGCGGCCAAGACCAAGACCCCGCCACCGCCACGAGUGGUGUCAACAGCAACAACAAGGACGUAGCGACUACUCCUAAAGAAGGUCUCUCAUCUGGCAUUGUCGCCAUGAUCAUCAUCAUCGUUCUCGGAGCCCUGGCCGCAAUCCUUUUGAGCUGUUACCGAAUCCGCCAAUCCCGCGUCCGGAGGAAAGAACGUGAAGACUGCUGGGACGAAAACAUCCUCAAGAAUCAUGUCGGUACCAUCGGGUACAACGGUGGGACGAACGGCAGUAUCAGUGGUGGGUCGAAUGGUGUGGGGUCGAUUGACGUCAAGUCAGAGGCGUUAGGGGAUGGAGGGUGUCAUGGGGCGGUGGUUGAGGCUGCGUAUGCGGGGAGGGGCAGUUUGGGAGGGUCGAGUUUGAGGGAUAACCAGAGUGUUGGGGGUGGUAGUAAUAUGUAUGGAGGAGGAGGAGGAGGAGGAGGGACUUAUUCGCCGUAUUCGCAGCAUGCUCACGCUUACUCUCAAGGGUAUCCUCAACAGCAGCAACAGCAGCAGCAAGGAUAUGGUGGCGGUGGAUAUGGCGGGACUUACUACUAG